UCCGCCUUUCGCCCGGUUCUUACAGUACCAGGAAGCUAACCUUGGGGACGAACAUUUCUUGUAGCGAGAUAUAUAUUUCAUUAAUUUGAUAGUACAGCUGAGACAUAUAAACCCAGGCGCUUUGGUUUUGAAAACAACGGAAGAGAGAGAAUGGAGAAUGGGUUAUCCUCGACCGGUGACGUCCAGUUGGACAACGCUGUCAAUCAGUGGUUGCGCUUUGAUAAGAAUCUCCUGACAGCGGAGUUGGUGCGCAGCCUGGUGACCGAAGGAGCAGUGGAGGAGCUGAGGAAAUGCUUUGGCUCUAGGAUGGAGUUUGGGACAGCCGGCCUCCGCGCCGCCAUGGGCCCUGGGACCGCGUGCAUGAAUGACCUCACCAUCAUUCAGACCACACAGGGUUUGUGCAGUUAUCUGGAGCAGUGUUUUGGAGAUGCUCUGAAGGCGAGGGGCGUGGUUGUGGGGUAUGACGCCCGGUCCCACCCCCCCAGUGGAGGAGGCAGUAAACGCUUUGCCCAGUUGGCGGCGGCCGUGCUCACCAGCCGAGGAGUCCCCGUCCACCUGUUUAGUGACAUCACUCCGACACCUUUUGUGCCCUUCACUGUCUCUCAUCUAGGACUGUGUGCUGGCGUCAUGGUAACCGCCUCUCACAACCCCAAACAGGACAAUGGUUACAAGGUGUACUGGGAGAACGGAGCCCAGAUUGUGCCUCCUCACGACCAGGGUAUCUCCGCAGCAAUCCAGACCAACCUGGAGCCCUGGCCAGACUCCUGGAACACCGACUGUCUGACUCACUGUCCUCUGCUGAAGGAUCCCUACCUGGACACAAACACACACUACUACAGGACCAUACAACAACACUGUCACUACAGGGACAUCAACAAGAAGUCGGAGGUGAAAAUUGUGCACACAUCCGUGCACGGUGUCGGACACCGCUUCGUCCAAUCAGCGUUUGAGGCCUUCGACCUCCGACCCCCAUACGCAGUGGAGGAGCAGAAAGAUCCUGACCCAGAGUUUCCCACAGUGAAAUACCCCAACCCUGAGGAGGGGAAGGGGGUCCUGACGCUGUCAUUUGCCCUUGCUGAGAGAGAGGGAGCUAGCAUAGUUUUGGCCAAUGACCCAGAUGCUGACCGCCUGGCCAUCGCUGAAAAGCCCUCUGGCGACCAGUGGCGUGUAUUCAGUGGUAAUGAACUGGGGGCCUUGCUGGGCUGGUGGGUGUUUCGCUGUUGGAAGCUCACCAACGCUGAGCCGUCGGCGGUGAAGUCGGUUUACAUGUUGGCGAGCACCGUCUCCUCCAAGAUCCUGCGAGCCAUCGCCCUGAAGGAGGGCUUCCACUUUGAGGAAACACUGACAGGUUUCAAGUGGAUGGGCAACAGAGCCCGGGAACUACUGGACCAAAACAAGACUGUACUGUUUGCCUUCGAAGAGGCUAUAGGGUACAUGUGUAGCUCGGCUGUCCUGGAUAAAGACGGUGUGAGUGCUGCAGCCAUUGCGGGGGAGAUGACAUCAUACCUGGCCACCAAAAACACCACCCUUUCACAGCAACUGAGCGCCGUCUACGAGGAGUAUGGAUACCACAUCAGUAAGAACUCCUACUUCAUCUGUCACGACCAGGAAGUGAUCCGGUCCCUGUUCCAGAGGCUGCGUCACUAUGGUAACGAAGACAACGACCAGGACGCCGUGUCAUACCCCAGCGAGUGUGGCGGCUUUGCCAUCACAGCUGUCCGGGACCUGACCACUGGAUACGACAGCACCCAACGAGAUCAGAAGGCUGUGCUCCCCACCUCCACCAGCAGUCAGAUGAUCACCUUCACCUUCUCCAACGGGGGCGUGGCCACCAUGAGGACCAGUGGAACGGAACCCAAGAUAAAGUACUACACAGAGUUGUGUGCAGCCCCCGGCAACAGUGAUGUCGGCGUUCUGCAGAAGGAGCUGGACGAUCUGGUCAGUGCCAUCGUCGAGAACUUCUUCCAGCCAAUCAAGAACAACCUGCUGCCUAAGCCAGAGUAACACGCACACACAUACGUUGCUUUCUUAACAUUAGGAAUGCAAUCAAGAGCUUGCCUUUAAACAACAUUCCCUCACAAACAUUUUGUUUUGAGAACACACAUUCCAGAAGUGGAAAGCCUUGUAGCUGGACUUAAACCUAGCAAUGAGUGUGACCUAACACAGGGUUAACAAACUGUUUCAGGACUACUGUAGUUUACUGGGGCUUCAGUAGCUGUGAAUCAGCAUUGGCUGAUUAACAUCUGUACUGUUCUGUGUAUCUGUUUUAUGGUUGCAACAUUCUGGUCAGUUUAUCCAUAAUUACAGGGUUUUGAGACAAUCCACGUUGGAGGAUUCUUGAUUUCCUGCUUUUUCUGUCCUGAUCCUGGGAGUUGUUUUAGGAGAACCUGGGAAUAAGUGUUUGGAUGUGUGUAUUCUAAUCUGUCCACACUAGUGUAAUGACUGCUACUGUAUUAACGGGGACUGUAACUGGGAAAGAACUAUGGCAAUAAUGGGACUUCUUUCAAAGUUAAUUACUAAUGUAGCUUAACACAUUGACUGCAAGCUGCGUAAAGAGUGAAGAACAUUAAAAUGUGAGAAGUGUCUUAA